AAUUAAAACAAAUGAUUAACUUCAAAUUUGAACCAACAACAAUUUCUCUUGAAAAUUCUCAUGGUUUUUUUUUAAUUUUUUGAACACAACAAUGUCUGUUAUGAUCUAAAUAUUUUAUGAAUUAUUCAAACCAUUUAGGCCUUAAAGAUUAGGUAAAUUGGAUUGAAGGUGAAAUGGCUCUAGAUAGGCAAAGAAUUUUAAGCGAACUUGGUAGCGUAAUGAAUCAGUUGCAGAGCGCAGAUUGUGGUUGUAUGAGUAAAUUAUUUGGACAAUCUGGGCAAACUUCACCAAGCCCAGGACCAACUUGCGGGGGAUGUCGUCGGAAUUGUUGCCAUGGCAACGGUCAUGGAUGGAAUUCCAACGGAUCGUGUGGUGAACCAUAUCAAGGCAAUGCACAAAACACGUACACUCCUUGUAUGGGCCGUUGUAACCCUCCUAAACUCUAUGCAGAUACAUAUAAUUAUUUAAACAAUAACCUCAUCCAGCCAACGAUAAAAGAAGUCUACGAUGAUCUAAAAAGCUUAACACCAGAUAAUACUAUCGCGAACAAUCCAAUGGCAAAUCAAAUAGUGCUCUCAAACGGUUUAGGAGCUGAAGGUAACAUGAGCGACAUGUCUAAAAUGGGUAACAUGCAAGUUGGUAACAUGGGUAAUAUGAAUACAAGUAACAUGGGUAACAUAAGUGGUAACACAGGGAACAUGAUUGCUGGUAACGAAUAUAACUAUUUUAAUAGCCAACCAGCCAAUGUAAGUUAUGUGCCAACGAAUGAAGCGAAUCCAAAUCAAAUGGGUCAGAUGGGAGGAAUGGGACCACAAAUCAUGAGCAUGCUUGGAGGUAACGCUACAAGCCAAAUUAAAACAAAUCCUGGCAUAGGACAAAAUGUUCCGCUGACACAACCGAUGCUGACAGACACACCUCAGUCUCCACAAGGUCAAAUUGGUAUUACACCCCUAUGUGCACCAAGGACAACCAAUCAGGAUGUUUACAACGCCCAGGGUUUCCCUAGUGGCAAUAACGUAAAUCAAGUUAUGAUGCAGUCAAACAUACAAUCUGGUGGAAAUAUUAAGAAUACAGUGAACAAAAAUUCUGACGCACAGCAAAUGGGAACAGCUCACCUCGGCGACCAUAGCAAAGGGAUCGCAAAGUUUAACGAAAUGUUUCCAGGCGUAACGAAAAAUUUAGGUGGGGAUUUAGGCUUCGAUCCAAUGGCCAUAGCUAUACAGAUGAAUCCAGCUAACCGACAUCAAGCAGUUAUGAGCUCGAUGCACAAUAUGAUGCAGAAUAAUAACAUCAAUAAAGUUUUCGAUCAGUCCAAAAAUCCUGCAUUACCUGAAGGCACCCAGCAAAACCAAAUUCAAUAUAACGUACCACCAAAUCAAGUUCAGCAAUCGAUUCCAUUAAAACAAGCAAGAAAUAAUAUAAUGCAGCCAAAUACAAACUCAACUGAUCUAAUGGCGUAUCAAAACGUUGCCAAUUAUAACAAAGCUGUAAAUGACAAUGCCAAUGUUCGUGGAUAUCCUAACGCACAAUUGAACAAUCAGCAGGCUUACAUGGCAGGCGUGCCUGUGCCUAAUCAAUAUACACAACCGGAUCAGCAACAGUACCACGUUGAACAACAAAAUAUCAUUGAUCCAAACACAGGCAGUGAAAUGGCACCACCGACUCUUUCAUCAGCUUAUGAAGUAGCGCCGAACCAACAGGCCGUGCAUCCUGAAUCUCCGAAUAAUCAGCGAGUAAUAAAAGAACCAAUAAUCCCAGUAGAUACUUCAAGAUACAUAGCACCCAAGCAUCUAAAGUAUUUUGAAUUCAACACUCUUGGUCAACCAGUUGAAAAGACUUCAGCAGAAAUGUAUCGGACACCAGAACCAAGUCUACCACAAACUUUAUCACCUCAACCCACACCCAUAUCUAGAGCUGAUACUGCUAAAUAUGCUAAAGUGAAAUCCACAGUGAGUAAGACUUCGUUGAUGGAUGCAAAAACCCUUGGGAGGACAUCGAGUCAACUACAACAUAUUUAUAACCAGUAUAAGGGAUCGCAAUCAUUCACACAGCAAAACAUACCAGCACAAGGAGUAAAUGCUGUCACUCAUUCAGAAGGAAGACUAACUGCCCCUCAAGUAAAUCAUCAGCAGCGACAAACCCCAGUUGAGAGGAUCGGAGGAGAUACUAUUGCAAACAAUCAAAUGCGAGACCACAGAACUGUAAAUGUUGAGCGAGUCAUGGGACAAAUUGGUGACGUGCCAGCUGCAAUUAAAUCUCCUGGCGAUGAAAAACCAAAUGAGGUGAGCCCAGUAAUAGAUCGUAAAACAAGAAAUGGAUUACAAGACAUGGUGUAUACGUCUUACCCAUCUUCUACCGCUUGGACCUUCCACGGAGCCAAUACAAGACCGUGCAGCUUCGCACGUGGAAGAUAUCGUGGAAGAUAUAGAUGAACAAUAAGGUUUCAAUAAAAUAAAAUGUGAAGUUGUUGUGUUGUUAAAUUAUAAUGUGUGUUGAAAUAUAA